CCCGCCGCCUGGGCCCCCGGCCCGGCCCCUCCCGCGCCGCCCGGGCGAUGAGAAGCUGCUUCUGCGUGAGACGGAGCCGGGACCCGCCGCCGCCGCCGCCGCCGCCGCCCCAACGGGGAACAGACCAGUCCACCAUGCCUGAAGUCAAAGACCUUUCAGAAGCUUUGCCAGAGACGUCGAUGGAUCCCAUCACGGGAGUGGGGGUGGUGGCUUCUCGGAACCGAGCCCCAACAGGCUAUGAUGUAGUUGCACAGACAGCAGAUGGUGUGGAUGCUGACCUCUGGAAAGACGGCUUAUUUAAAUCCAAGGUUACCAGAUACCUGUGUUUCACGAGAUCAUUUUCCAAAGAAAAUAGUCAUUUAGGGAACGUGCUAGUGGAUAUGAAGCUCAUUGACAUCAAGGACACUCUGCCUGUAGGCUUCAUCCCAAUUCAGGAGACAGUGGACACACAGGAAGUGGCUUUUAGAAAAAAGAGGCUGUGCAUUAAAUUUAUCCCACGGGAUUCAACUGAAGCUGCAAUUUGUGACAUUCGGAUCAUGGGGCGGACCAAGCAGGCCCCUCCUCAGUACACGUUUAUUGGGGAACUGAACAGCAUGGGGAUCUGGUAUCGAAUGGGCAAAGUACCAAGGAAUCAUGACUCAUCUCAACCCACAACACCUUCCCAGUCAUCAGCUGCUUCCACCCCAGCCCCCAACCUCCCCAGGCACAUCUCACUAACGCUCCCUGCUACCUUCCGAGGCAGAAACAGCACUCGGGCUGACUAUGAGUACCAGCACUCCAAUCUGUAUGCCAUAUCAGCAAUGGAUGGUGUACCUUUUAUGAUUUCAGAGAAGUUUUCUUGCGUUCCAGAAAGUAUGCAGCCCUUUGAUCUCUUGGGAAUCACCAUCAAAUCUCUGGCAGAAAUUGAAAAAGAGUAUGAGUACAGCUUCCGCACGGAGCAGAGCGCUGCGGCCCGGCUCCCACCCAGCCCCACUCGGUGUCAGCAGAUCCCCCAGUCCUGAGGGGCCAGCCACCACCCUGUCCCCGUGGGGAGAAGACGCAGCUGCCCAGACUACUGAGCGCCCCUCCCUUGCCCGGUCCCUCCUGCCCACCCCUUCUUACUGCCCCACGGUGGGGUUCAUCUGGGAGACUCUGGGCAGCUGAGCUGUUACCUCUUCGGCCAUCGGCUUGCCUGACGUGACACCCCGGCCUCCCCGGGGAUACUGUUCAUAAUCUCGACUAAUCUGUGUUUGCUGUAGUGACCAGCAGCUCCUAACGUGUCUGUGUGAUGACCAGCCCUCCUACAGACAACCCUACCCAGCACGGGAGUCACCCCUGAGGGCCCUGCACAAUUGUUGGAGCUGCCCAGCGAUGCUACGGGCUCCCUUCCCUCCUGACUGUGGCCUGCCUCUAGCUAUCCGGUUCCUCCUGGAGGACCCAAGGCGGGUGACCGCUUUGCACAGCACCCUCCAGGACUCACUGAGUGCCCCAUACAGGGGCUGCUGUGAAGCAAGUCCCCCACACCAACAGCAGCAAGCGCCCUGAGCGUUUCACGGCGACCCAGAGGACACACGGGAGGAAGAAGCCUGUGGUCCCCCAGGAGCCCUGAGCCUGGGUCCCCGCCUCACUGGUGGCCAUCCCUCAGACUUCUCCCCCGAUUCACACACUGGACAUGCUGGGGUCGGGGAGCAGCCGCCCGGCUGCCCACACAGAGGACUUGCCUUCUGGGCAAGAAGGCGGAGGGACCUGGUGCUUGCUUGGAGGGGAGUUGUGCUGCCCGGGACAUUGUGCUCAGCCACCACACAUCCCCAUCCCUCCCAAAGGGCUCAUCUCUGCCAUGCCCACGUGCCAACUGCCACCCCAGCUGCCUCGGCCGGUGCCCUGACCCAGGGAUGGGCCCACUCUGGGCCACAGGUGAAGACUCUUGGCCAGUGCCCAGCCCCAGAGGGACAUGGGCAUGUGGUCGUCGGCUUCUCAGAGCCAGGCUGUGUCUCACUGGGUUCUGCUAACAGCACAGUUGUUUUAAAAGUCCACAUGAGCCAGGUCACCAAACUGGGGCCAGCAUGGACAUUUGUACCACGACCAGCCAGUGGACGUACUGGUACUUCUCACGAUGCUGGCUGCCAGGUUCAGCUCCAGGCGUGUUUGCCACGAGAACAGGGCUGCAGCCCUCCCUGGGGGCUCAGGCCCUCACCCAGGGGCCUGCCUGGUCUAGCUUUCGAGAGUGGUCUUAAUUCCACAGAAUGUUGGCACCUCCCCUCUUGGGGGUCCCCAGAUGGUGGGAGCUUUGGACUUGAGGCUUGACUGUGUCUGGAGGGUGGGGGGGGAGGCAUGGAGAGCAGCGAGGGUCCCCCACCACAAAGGGAGCCCAAGAGAGCCACAGCCAGGCACGGACCCUGCCUCCCCAUGGUGCCUGGGGCAGAUCGGGCCAACGCCACGAGGAGGGUGGCUGCCAGCUAAGCGGCGGGGCGGGCAAAAAUACCUCAUGUACCCUCACGAGCCCCGCCAUCUCCAGCAGCUCCACUCUCCUCCUUGGUUGCCCCACGAUCUUCACUCGAUAGCUCCUGAUUUCUGCACAUUAGGGAAGCGGUCACCUCUCCCUACCUUUGCCCAGACAGGACAUUUUGGGGUGGGGGGUGGGGCUGGCCUUCCUAGGCCUUCCACACAGCAAAGGGGUAGGAAAAGGCAGGUAGUUGGUGGAAUCCCUGGGGCCCGGGGGUCAUGGGCUGGAGCCAGCAGUCCGUCUGAGGACCUUGGGGACUGGUGCUUCACCAGGAGAGGAGACAGCUGUUGGACGGGUCUCACCUGUACCCACUCACCUGUACCACUCACAAGCUAGUUGUGUCUCUGGGGAAUCGGAGCCCUGUGGGGCCCAGAGAACCUGUGUCUACUGCUGCUUUUUGGAUGGGUGGCUGGUCCAAAACCAAGUGACCUGUGUGACCCGAAGCCCAACAUAGAGGGGCAAUUCUGAUUACUUCUGUUCACUUGGUUUGGGCACUUGCUCAUGGCCUGACUGAGAUUAUCAUCUGGCAGGUAGCGCCCGAUGGCCCUUGUCCCUUGACUGACAACCAAACAUCUUUGGGGAGAGCACUUGCGACCAGAGUCAGGGUGCAUGGGCGGGGAGGCGGGGGGCAGGGAUAGGAAGGGAGGCUGUCCACAGAGGAGGAGCUGUACGCCCUCCCGAGCCCCCCCCCCCGCCCCCAGACUGUCCUGUCCCACAGUUAGGGGAGGACCCAGAGCAAGGCGGGGCCACCAGGAAGAAGACAGGCCAGCAGGGGCUAGGGCAGGCUGCGGCCACCUCCACUGUAUCGUGUGAUGGUGACCGAUUGUCCCCUGAUCCGCAAUUAGGCAGUGACCGUGGUGGGGGAAGGCUGGUGUCUGUGGUAGAUUGGAGGCUGCUCCUCGCCCUCCUUCCUUGUGACCAUAGGCAAGGGGGUGCAUGUGGGGGCUCAUGCAGACCCCAGGACAGCCCGGACCCCUAGCUCAUGCCUGGGAGAGGUGUUUGUUCAACCCCAGGACCACAUGGGGAGGGCGGGUGGCGGCCUGGCCUUCAUUCCCCCCCCCCCCCCAAAAAAAA